AUCAUCAUUGUAUAUUAAUGGAUUAUUAUGGAAAUAGCUUAAAAUUAAUAGAUAGAAGAGAAGUUAAAAAAACACAAGUGCAUUUACCACUUGUCCUUUUAACCAGUUGACUGUGAUCUCAAUAAUUAUUGUAAUUCCACCUGAUAACUUGUAUAAUUUACUUACAAUAACGAGGUAGUGGUAUUCUAUCGACACUGAUUCUACAUUGAGUAACUCCUCUAAAUUAAACAAAAAUUAUUAUUAUUAUUUUUUAAAUUUAUUAUGUACAUUAACCGAUAGCAUACAACUCACACAUUCAUAUUAAAUAUUAUUGGAUUAAAAAUUAUUUUCAAAUGAUAAAAACAUCCAGUAAUUAAAAAGGAAAAAAAAAAACAGUAUUUAAAGCCAUCUAAGCUUAAAGAAGCUUGUGCCUAAUUCACAGAUAAUAUAUAUAAAAAAAAAAGUAAUUAAAAAUAAACAGACUGAAAAACAAAGAAGAAAUAACUAAAAAAAAAAUAAUCAGUAUGUCAGAUGAAGAAGAUAAGCCACCUGCACCUCCUGUUAGACUUACUUCCAACAGAAGUGAAUCAACGCCAAACUUACCUGUGGAUAUGCGACCACUACCAAAAGAGCCAGAUUCGGAUGAACGUAAAAAGAAAACAUUAAAGGGAAAAAUGAAGGUUAAAGAGAGCAAGGAUAAACCAAACAUCAGUUAUCCAACAAAUUUCGAGCAUACUGUUCAUGUUGGAUUCGACGCUGUUACCGGUGAAUUCACGCUGCCAUUAAAAGGGAUGCCGGAAGCAUGGGCAAGACUGUUAAUGUCAAGCAACAUCAGCAAGCAGGAACAAAAGAAGAAUCCUCAAGCAGUAUUGGAUGUUUUAAAUUGGUAUGACAACAGCAGUAAGGAAGUUAAAGGCUCAAAGUAUAUGACAACCACUAAAAUGGUUGGAAAUGCCGUGCCUAUUGAAAGAGCUAGUAGUCCCCGUAAUAUGGGAACUGGAAUAAAUAUUGGUAUUGGAAAUGUCCGUGGGCAAGCAAUGUCUCAAGCAUCUGGUAGUUCACACUCACAACAGUCUCUCAGCAGAGUUAGUAGCAGUAGUCCUAGUAGUACUCCUACAGAUGCUUGUGCAACUAGUUCUGAACAAGAAGAUGAGCCACCACCUCCGCCAAUCUCAACACGACCGGAGCGUACCAAGUCUAUUUAUACUAAACCAAUUGAGGAAGAACCAGUUUUACCACCGCCUAUAUCAUCAUUGGGGUCACCUCAGCGAAAUGGUACACCACAGUCACAACACCAAUCACAGCUUGAUAAAAAUAAAAAUCAAGCGACACCAACAUCAACGACGACAACAACCGAUCAAUCAAGGAUUGGUCAAAAUGAUAAAGCAAGAAAGAAAAAAAUGUCUGAUGAUGAGAUAUUAGAAAAAUUGAGAACAAUUGUCAGUGUUGGUGAUCCUAAUAGAAAAUAUACUAGAAUGGAAAAAAUUGGACAAGGGGCCUCGGGUACUGUUUAUACGGCAAUAGAAACGUCUACGGGAAUGGAAGUUGCAAUAAAACAGAUGAAUCUUUCACAACAGCCAAAGAAAGAAUUAAUAAUAAAUGAAAUUUUAGUAAUGCGAGAAAAUAAACAUCCAAAUGUUGUUAAUUAUCUUGAUAGUUAUCUUGUUGGAGAAGAAUUGUGGGUUGUUAUGGAGUAUUUACCGGGUGGUAGUUUAACCGAUGUAGUAACUGAAACUUGUAUGGACGAAGGGCAAAUAGCUGCUGUUUGUAGAGAAGUUUUACAGGCUCUUGAAUUUUUACACUGUAAUCAAGUUAUUCACAGGGAUAUUAAAUCUGAUAAUAUAUUACUUGGAUUGGAUGGUGGUGUUAAGCUUACAGAUUUUGGUUUUUGCGCUCAAAUAUCACCUGAACAAAGUAAAAGAACAACUAUGGUUGGAACACCUUAUUGGAUGGCACCAGAAGUCGUUACACGAAAGCACUAUGGACCAAAGGUUGACAUAUGGUCGUUGGGUAUUAUGGCAAUAGAAAUGAUUGAAGGAGAACCCCCGUAUUUAAACGAAAACCCUUUACGAGCAUUAUAUUUAAUUGCAACGAAUGGAAAACCUGAAAUUAAAGAAAAAGAAAAAUUAUCGAGUAUUUUCCAAGAUUUUUUGGAUCAAUGUCUCGAAGUCGAAGUGGAAAAACGUUCUGGAGCAUCUGAAUUAUUAAAGCAUCCUUUCUUAAAAUUAGCGAGGCCACUAGCAUCGUUGACACCAUUGAUAAUGGCUGCUAAAGAAGCAACAAAAACUCAUUAGGUU